AUGGCGCCCAUCAAACCCGGCAAGCGCAACAACAUUCGCGCUCGUGCUUCCAAAUCUCUUGAUCCUCGUGGAAAAUAUGCGCCACCGCUUCAUCCCGUUGACGCUUCGGAAUCGACACCCACCACAAUCCCCGCAGUCCCCGCGGAGGAAGCGAGAAGUAAUGGGAUGCUAGAUGCAGAGUGGCGGUUGAACAAGCAAGACAAGCGAGCGAUCAAACAUAACGCGCUUUUGAACAAAGUGCGGGAAGCAGGCGUCACGAAGAAGAAGGUCUUGAAGCGGAGGCGACCGGGAAAGAAGCUGGCGGGCGGGAAUCUUGAUGAUCUCGCCGAUGCGUUACCGGAUGCUGGGGAUGAGGAAAUGGAAGAUGAUGGCGAGGAAUGGGAAGGUGUGGAGGAGGAAGGAGAGGGAGGAGUCGUGAAGAAGGCAAGGCGGAAAAGAAAAAAGGUGCCUGUGGGUGGGAGGAUGGAGAUGAAGAGUUUGAGUAUGCGGCAGGGCGCGAUGAAGAGGAAAGCGGAGAUGGAAGGAAAGGAAAAGGAAAGAUUUGGGAAGAAUCUGGCCAAGAUGGUGGAAGGUGGAGGAGCGGGCAAGGAAGGUGGGCAGGCGGAAAGGUGGGCGGCAUUGAGGGCUUUCAUCGGUGGGACGAUGCAGACGAAUGAGGCUUUCAACAAGGUCUGA